AUGGCAUCAUCUUUCUUUUCUGAAUUUGGCCUUCUGUGGUACCUGAAGGAGCUCAGCAGGAAUGAGUUUAACAUUUUUAAGGAGAAGCUCAAGCAAGAAACUCUGCACCUGGGACUCCAGCAGAUCCCCUGGGCUAACGUGAAGAAGGCAACCCGGGAAGUCCUGGCGACCCUGCUGGUCAAGCAUUAUAAGGAAACACAAGCCUGGGAUGUGACCUUCACCAUCUUCCAGAAGAUCAACCGGGAGGACCUCUGCCAGAAGGCCAAGAAGGAGUGUACAGGAUACACGAAGACGUAUCGCGCUCACGUCAAGGAGAAAUUCAGCGAGGCGUGGUUCUGAGACCCUGUCAUGCAUUGUUAUGGACACGUUGACAAGGAGCUCACCCAGAAAGAGCGCAAAUGCCUGGAGUCUCUUUUUGCUCCCAAGGAGCCCAGGAGACGCACGGCGAUCCUUACAGGGGCUCAGGGGGUCGGGAAGACCACUUUCCUGGCAAAGCUGAUGCUGGCCUGGGCAGAGGACAAGCUCUACCAGCAGAAGUUCUCCUACGUAUUCUACCUCUGCUGCCGGGAGGUGAGGCAGGUGACCGCGACCAGCUUGGCCGCCUUGAUCUGUAGAGACUGGUCCGACUCCCUCGCCCCCAUCGUGGAGAUCACCUCCGAACCGGAGAGGCUCCUGUUCAUCCUCGACGGCUUUGAAGAGCUGGUGUAUGACUUGAAUGAGCCCGAGUCGGAUCUGUGCAGCGAUUGGAUGGCUCAGCGGCCCAUCCAGGUGAUCCUGAGCAGCCUGCUGAGGAAGAAGAUGCUCCCGGAGUCCUCCCUGCUCGUGGCCACGGUGCCAGGGUACACACGGUUCAUCAAGGACAGGCUGGGGCAUCCAGUGAUCCAAAGGCUCCUGGGAUUCACGGAGGACGAGAUGCUGCUGAGUUUCAGCUACAUGUUCCGGAACGGGUGGAGGGGCGUCAACGCCUUCCAUUUCAUCAGAAGCAACAAGCAGCUGUUUUCCAUGUGCCAGAUCCCCGUCCUGUGCUGGGCCGCGUGCACUUGUCUGAAGCAGGAGAUGGAACGAGGGGAAGACCUGGCGAUGACCUGCCGGCGGACCGUCUCGCUGUAUUCCUCGUUUGUCUUGAACCUGUUCACGCCCAAGGGGGCUCGCUGUCCGGAUGAGCAAAGCCGAGUCCGGCUGAAGGGCUUGUGUUCCCUGGCUGCCGAGGGCAUGUGGAGCAACACGUUUGUGUUUGGGGAGGAGGAUCUCCGGAGAAACGGGUUGGCGGACUCUGACAUCCCUGCACUGCUGGGCAUCAAGGCCCUUGGCAAGGGCGGGGGCACCAGGAACGCUUCCUACACGUUCCUCCACUUGUGCAUCCAGGAGGUCUGCGCCGCCCUGUUCUACUUCAUCAAGAGCCACACCGACCACCCGGGCCCGGCGGUGGGCUGUGCCGAGGCUGUGCUGGCGACCCAUUUGAAGAGAACCAAGGCCCAGUGGAUCUUUCUGCCUUCUUUCCUGUUUGGCCUUUUGAACGAAAAGGAACAGCGGAAGCUGGGUGCCUUCUUUGGCGCCCACCUGUGCCAGGAGGAGGUACGGCGGCGGGCACGCCUUCGGGGGCAGCUGAAUUUCCUGACGUUGUGUUACUGUCUGUUCGAGAUGGAGGACGAGGCCUUCGUGCGGUGGGCGGUGGACCUGUUCCAAGAGGUGUCCUUGUUGCUCACCGACCCGACAGACUUGAUGGUCCUUGCCUACUGCUUGACACGCUGUUCAGCCUUGAGGAAACUUGACUUUUCCAUCCAAAAUGUCUUCGUAGACACCUCCAUGACAGGUUACCAGUUACUCUAUUGGAAUGACAUCUGCUCCGUGCUCACAGCAAAUGAGAACCUCGGAGAACUCCGAGUGAGUGACAGUAACCUCCCCGGGCAGGCCCUCGUAACACUGAGCAAUCAUCUGAAGCACCCCAGGUGUCGCCUUCAGAAGCUUAAGAUGAAUAAUGUUUCCUUCUCCGCUGAAAGCUGGUUUUUCUUUGAGGUGUUCACUCAGAGCCCGGUUUUAAAACACCUGGAUCUCAGUGACACAAGAAUCUCCCAUGAUGACUUCAAGUUGCUGUGUAAUGCCUUGAACAAUCCCGCGUGCAACAUAGAGAAGUUACUGCUGGUGGGGUGUGGCCUCUUAGCGGAUGAUUGUGAAGGAUUCAAGGAGGUCCUGAUGAGGAACACAAAGCUGAAGAUUCUGGACUUAUCCUACAACUGCUUGGGCAAUGGGUUGUCCCUCUUGUGUGAAGCCCUGUGCCUCCCAGCUUGUGCUCUGCAGGGCUUGGGGUUAGUUGACUGCCGCCUCAGGGAGCCUUGCUGGGAACACCUCCGUGACGUUGUCCUGGGUAACAGGAACUUGACCCACCUAGACCUUGGCAUAAAUGACCUGAAAGACAAAGACUUGAACCUUCUCAGUGAGGCCUUGAAACAGCCAUCCUGCUACCUGAAGUCACUAAGUUUGUUCAACUGUUUCAUAACUGCCAAUGGCUGUCAGGACCUCGCCUCCAUCCUCACGGGAAACCCAAACCUGAGAAAUCUGCAAAUCGGGCACAACAACAUAGAAGAUGACGGUGUGAGGCUGCUGUGCGAAGCUCUGCUGCAUCCCAACUGCCACUUAGAGAAUCUUGGGCUGGACGCGUGCCGGUUGACCGGUGCCUGCUGUGUGGACCUCGCUUCUGUUCUCACCGGAAGCCGAUGCCUGAAAGAACUCAACCUGGCUGGGAACCCCUUGGACCACCACGGGGUUCAGCUGCUGUGCGCCGCCCUGAGGCACCCGGAGUGCGGGCUGCAGACUCUGGGGCUGAAGAAAGCUGAAUUUGAUGAGGAAACCCAGGAACUCCUGGUGGCCGAGGAAGAGAGAAACCCCUGCUUGACCAUCACCCAUCAGUAA